AUGUUUGCAGCCGCAACUAAGAACUUUGUGAAGCAGGUGGGGGACACCGGGCGGCUGAUUCCCGUCCCCAGCCUCAGCGAGGCUGACCGAUACCAGCCCCUCAGCCUGGUGACCAGGAAAAGGAGAAGACAUUUCUGGAAGAAAACCAAAUAUGCCUCAACCCCGUUUUCCCUGAAAGACAUACUUGUGGGAGAAAAGGAGAUCACUGCAGGUGUGUCCUCCUACCAGCUUCUCAACUACGAAGACAAGUCAGAUGUGUCCUUAAAUGGGCGCCUGGGAAACCACCUGAUUCAUGAAGUGGGCGUCAACAUCAGCGGUUCAGACUCUGUGGCGGUCAAAGCAUCCUUUGGGAUUGUGACCAAACACGAGGUGGAGGUUCCUACCUUACUGAGGGAGCUGAGCUCAAGGAAAGUGGACCUUGACCACUGCCUGAUCCGCCAGUCUAAGGACAGUGGGCGGACUGUGCUGUGUGUCGUCAUGGAUAGCAUUCGCACCACGCGGCAAUGCUCCCUCACUGUCCAUGCUGGCAUGCGUGGGACUACCAUGAGGUUUCAGAUAGACGACGGCCGAAACCCCAAAGGCCGCGAUAAAGCCAUUGUUAUUCCAGCCCACACCACCAUAGCCUUCAGUGUAUUUGAGCUUUACGUGCGACUUGAUGGACGUUUAGAUGACAGAACAUUUGAAGAGCUCACCCACUCCGACAUGUACAUGGAUGACGUGGCAGACUACUACGAAAAGGCCGCCAGCAUGACUGACCUGUCUACCUCUUACCUCCGGGAUGACAAACACACACGAGUCAACCUGCUCAACCACAACAUCCCUAAAGGCCCCUGCGCCCUCUGCGGCAUGGGGCACCAGCGCCGAGAGACUGUCUACGGCUGCCUGGAGUGUUCUUCCGGCGGCCAGAAAUAUGUCCGGCUGCAUGCUGUCCCUUGCUUCGACCUGUGGCAUAAAAGCUUGCGGUGAGGCAGAUCUCAUGGGGUUAGUGACACUAGUGCUGAUGCUGCAGACACUGAUUAAGCCUAGUCUGGGUCUAAAUUGCAAGGUCCCUUUGGGUCUAGGGGGGAAAUU